AAAAUUCAGGAAACUUUAAUCAAUGACUCAGUGCAAACUCAAGCCAAAUUAAUUGAUGCCAGGCGGAGCAACUUUAACUUGAAGGAAAAUAGUGUGCUUAUUGAAAACGAACCGAUGGAUGAACUACCUAGACAAAAAGCAGGGAACGACAUGUUGCGAGCAUUCAAUGCGAACCUAAAGUGUGCCGUUGCGGCUAAAGAGACCGUUCAAAAUGAGCUGAGACAAAAGCUGGAAGACGUCAAGAUACUACAAAAGGAAAACCAGUCUCUCAAAUACGAAAAGGAAAAAAUGCUUUCACUGUACAGCGGCAGCAAAACUAACGCUGUGAAGCUCGAAAAUCAAAUAGCGAACCUUAAGGCCCAACUUCAAGCAAGGGAGGCGGAAAAUAAAGGUCUAAAAAAUGAACUUGACCAGUGUAAAAGAGAAUUAAAAAACGCCACAGUUAGUGGAAAUAAUUAUGAAUUACGAUUGUCCAGAGCAGCCGAAGAAGUAAACAAACUGAAAUUAACUCUGACGCAAUACAAAGAGGAAGAAAAAGAUUUAAAGGCCAGUUUCAAGAAACAACAUAGCGAAUUGACUCUUGCGUUGAAACUUUUGGAAAAGCAAAAGGACGAACUUUUGAGUGGGUUUAAGAAACAGAUGCAACUGAUAAAGUUGCUCAGAGACCAGAAGGUCCACUUAGAAGCCCUAAGAAUUGGCGAAAUGUCCGAUGUCGAAUACUUAAAAAUCUUGGACUGGAAAUUUACGCAGCGACAAUAAAAGUGGUACAAAACUUCAA